ACAAAAUUGCACCACGUUAGCAUCGACGCUAGCUCUCCUCCUCACAGCCUCCAAAGGGGAACAUAUUUUUAGUUUGUUGAAGAAACAGCAGCAUGGCUGUGUCUCCAGCAGUGACAACAUUAUGUGAAAACUCAAAUGAAGUGUUCUUAGACGUCGCGAAGUUGUUACUGACAUACGCGGAUAACAUCUUAAGGAAUCCCAAUGAGGAAAAGUACAGAUCCAUCCGCAUAGGCAAUCCUACCUUCUCCACCAAGCUGUUGCCCAUCAAAGGUGCUGUGGAAUGCCUGUUUGAGAUGGGAUUUGAGGAGGCUGAGACCCACCUGGUGUUCCCCAAGUCUGCAUCAGUGGAACAGCUGAAGCUUAUCAGGGAAUCUAUAGCAGCAGAGAGGGAUCAGAGGCUGCAGGGAGGACAGCCUGUCCAACCUACUGCUCAGGCUGCUGCGGCCUUGGCCUCGACCUUGACCUCGACACCAACACCAACACCAACACCAACACCAACACCAACCCCAGCGCUAGAGAGCUCUGCUGCUGCCUCCAGCCAGCCAGUUGCGCCACCUCCAUCACAGCCUCCAUCCUUGGAGAGCAGUAUGAGCUUUUUUGUGACUCUCCAGUCAAACUUCCAACACGUGAUGCUGUAUGAAAACCCUGAGAUGCAGGAGAAAGCCAGGAGCUGCAUCCCUCACCAGGAGCUGUCCUCUGCUGCUGAACGCAAGCUGAAAGAGGCGAAAGAGGCGGAUCCAGAGUGUAAACUUGGAAUGGAAGAGUUCCUGGUGCUGGAGUUGCUCAGAUGGUUCAAGCAGGACUUCUUCUCCUGGGUGAACUCUCUGCCCUGCAGCCGCUGCAACGGCCCGACCCAGAACGCCAGCUCCCUCAGUCCCACCGCCGAGGACAUCCGCUGGGGAGCCCAGCGAGUGGAGAACCACUACUGUCAGAGCUGCCAGCUCUCCACCAGAUUCCCCAGAUACAACAAUCCUGAGAAGCUUCUUGAAACCAGGAGGGGCCGCUGUGGGGAGUGGGCGAACUGUUUCACUCUGUGCUGCAGAGCCAUCGGCCUCGAGGCCAGAUACAUCUGGGACAGCACAGACCAUGUGUGGACGGAGAUUUACUCGGUCUCUCAGCGUCGCUGGCUGCACUGUGACUCGUGUGAAAACGGCUGUGAUAAGCCUCUACUGUAUGAGGUCGGCUGGGGGAAGAAACUGGCCUACGUUCUGGCUUUCUCUAAGGACCAGGUGGUUGAUGUGACGUGGAGGUAUUCCUGCAAACAUCCAGAGGUUUUGUCAAGAAGGACCAGAGUUCAGGAGGCCUGGCUGCUGCACACCAUCAAUGGGCUCAAUGCCUCGAGGCAGCAGUCCCUGAGUCCAGACAGGAAGAAGGAGCUGACGGAGAGGCUGCUUGUCGAGCUGGUGGAGUUUAUUUCCCCCAAGAAACCAAAACCAGGAGAGCUGGGCGGACGCGACUCUGGCUCUCUGGCCUGGAGGAUGGCACGCGGGGAGACCAGAAAGGCUGAUGCAGGCACCUCCACGCAGGCUGCAGGUUACGUGUUCACUCCUACUGAGAAAGAGAAGAGUGACCGGUUACUGCAUGUGCGCUACAUUGCCUCCAAAGACCAGUACUGUCGGGUGUCCAACGACUCUGAGGUCAUCCAGAGCUGGGAUCAGGGUGUGUGGAGGAAGGAGUCCAUCUUCAGAAAGGUGGAGCAAGACUGGAAGAUGGUGUACCUAGCUCGAACAGAAGGCUCCUCCACGGGAAGCAUUAGCUGGAAGUUUGACUUUGCUCCGACGGGAAUGAAGAUAAAGUCCGUAUCGAUCAUGGCCAGCAGCCAGACCUUCCACUCUGGGAAAGUCUGCUGGCACCUGCAGACAGGCCAGACUACUAAAGAGUUCUCUGGAGAUGGGACGAUGCAGUCAUUCCAGAGUCUAUCCGGCUCCUCGGAGUUCAUUAUUGUAGCAGCACUCAGUGAUGGAGGAGAGGAGGAGUCGUCAUGGCAGCACUCCCAGCUCUUCAGACAAAGCUUGAAUGAGACGGAGGAGUCUUCAUUUGAAAUCCUCAUCCACUUAGAAGAAGAUGCUUAACAGUCGUUUUACUCAACAAAAUUGGAUCCCUAAUUCCUUUUUCAUUGUUGACUUGAGCUUAAUUGUUUGGAUGAUAGUUUUGUAUGAUGAUCAAUCAGUGCAAUAUUUAAUUUUUUUGUCAGUCAACCAGGAUGAUUAACUAAAUAUGCAUGGCCUAAUGAUAGACGUGACAUUUUGUACUCAUCACAGAGUACUAAGGCCAGAUAACCUGUGAGACAUGCAAUAUACAUGUAAAGGGUUUUAAACAUAAAGCCAUAGUUUUUGUUACAUUUGUGAAUGUGUCUGUAUUAUUAUUAUUAUUGGUGAAUAUGUCAUUUAUUAUUUGGCUAUGGAAUUUUUACACCGGUUACAUCAGUGUGUCUAAUUAUAAAGUGAGUGUUGUUAGUGUGGUGGUGAAAGGGCUGAAUGUUAGGACAUAAUAUGGUGGAAUAAUAAAGAUAUUUUUACAGUGUGGUAGUCACUAUGGCAAUG